AGCGCCCGGCGGCGGGCGGGAUAAUGCGGCUGCGGGCCGGAGCCGGAGGCGACGCCAGCGGGGAGCCCCCGCCGCCGCCAUGUCCCCCCCGGCCUCGGCGGCCGCGGCCAGCGAGGGAGGCAGCAGCACGUCGGUGCCGCCGGAGGAGGCGGAGGGGGUCCGAGAGGAGCAGCGGCCAGUGAAGCAGUCUCUCAGCAAGUCGCUGUGCCGAGAGUCCCACUGGAAAUGCCUGCUGCUGUCGCUGCUGAUGUACGGCUGCAUGGGAGCCAUGACGUGGUGCCACGUCACCAAGGUGACUCGGCUGACCUUUGACAGCGCCUACAAGGGCAAGUCCAUGAUGUACCACGACAGCCCGUGUUCCAAUGGCUACGUAUACAUCCCUCUGGCCUUCCUGGUGAUGCUCUACGUGGUAUACUUGGUGGAGUGCUGGCACUGCUACACCCGCAACGAGCUGCAGUACAAAGUGGAUGUGGAAAGCGUGCAUGAGCGAGUGCAGCGGAUGCAGCAGGCGACCCCGUGCAUCUGGUGGAAGGCCAUCAGCUACCACUAUGUCCGGAGGACCCGACAGGUGACCCGCUAUCGUAAUGGGGAUGCCUACACCACCACCCAAGUGUAUCACGAGCGGGUCAACACCCAUGUGGCAGAGGCCGAGUUUGAUUAUUCCAACUGUGGAGUUAAGGACAUCUCCAAGGACCUCAUUGACUUGGAGAGCUACCCAGCCACACGGCUCCGCUUCACCAAGUGUUUCAGCUUUGCCAACGUGGAGUCGGAGAACUCCUACCUGACCCAGCGGGCCCGCUUCUUCACCGAGAACGAGGGCCUGGAUGACUACAUGGAGGCCAGGGAGGGGAUGCACCUCAAAAACGUGGACUUCAAGGAAUACAUGGUGGCCUUUUCCGACCCAGACAACCUGCCUUGGUACGUAUCCCACUAUGUUUUCUGGGUGGCUGCUCUGCUGACCCUAUCCUGGCCCCUGCGGGUGCUAAACGAGUACCGCACGUCCUACGUCCAUUACCACGUGGAGAAACUCUUUGGGUUUGACUACGUGGCGGUGACACCGGCUGAGGAGCGCUCCUUCUGCCGGAGGAUGCCCCGCGUCAACACGGUGGACAGCACCGAGCUGGAGUGGCACAUCCGAUCCAACCAGCAGCUGGUGCCCAGCUACUCGGAAGCCGUCCUGAUGGACUUGGUGGGGCUGUCCGGCUGCACCAGCUACUCCGCGUGCCGCUAUGGAGGCUACCGGCAGAACUGCGAGCGGUGCCACAGGACUAUAAGCAGCUCUUCCAUCUUCUCCCGCAGCGCCCUGAGCAUCUGCAACGGCAGCCCCCGCAUUCCCUUCAGCAGCAGCCGCUUCUCGCUGGGCCGCCUGUACGGCUCGCGGCGCAGCUGCCUCUGGCAGAGCCGGAGUGGGAGCCUGAAUGAGCAGAGCUGCCCCACGGAGCAGACCCGCCUCUCCAGCCAAGUGACGGUGGAGGAGGAAGACCCCCCUCCUUAUCAGGACGCCCUCUACUUCCCCAUCCUCAUUGUGCACCGCAACGAAGGCUGCCUGAACCACGACCACCGUCACCUCCACCGCAACGGGUCCUGCGUGGAGACCUCACUGUGAAGGUGGAGGGCAGUGGGAUCUCAUUGCCGAUGGCCUGGCCCGAGCCAGUGCGGGGUUUGAGAGAGGAGCACUGGGGAGGGAGGUGGCCCAGGAGGAUGAGGUGGGACGGAGCAGUGGCUCUGACCUCCUGGAGGGAGUGAUGGCACUCCCCCGACCCGGCACAGAACUCUAGAUCAACCACCACAUGCAAAAAAAACAAAAAAAUCAUCCUAAAGCCCUAAUUCACAGCAUCAAGAUCCAGAGCGGGGAAGGAAAAGACAGGCUUGGUGCAGGGAGGGGGUGCUGCAGUGGGUGCUCCAUCCCCAGGCUGGCAUGUGCUCGGAGGAAGCAGCAACCAGCAGACAGACCCUGCUGCACCUCACCGCCCUCCUAACUCUGCUGCAGCCAGACCCUGGCGGGGUGGAGGCAGCAGCAUUGCCCACCCGUGUCUGAAGGCCCAGGGCACCCAGGCACUGGCACUGACCGACAGCUUAGAGAGAAGGCUGAGCAUCACAAAUCCAGCUUCCCCUGCCCCCCCUGGCUGUAUCCCACCCUCCCCGUUUAUUUUUUAGACCGUGCUCCGACUGUUACAUGCUCUCACUGGGAAAGGCAUCACCUCUGGAGGACCCCAGGCACAGCUCCUUAGGAAGCUUUGGCACUCUGAGGGUCCGCGUCCCCUGGGUAUAGGACUGUCUGUUUGGGAUGGCCGCGGACAGGCAGUCCUGGGUGCCUCCAGGUGGAACGGAGUGCGGCAACGCUGAUCUGCUGACUGGAGGAGGGCUCAGCUGGAAGGAGAGCGAGAGGUCUCUGGUGAGCUGGGGAAGGGGAAGGGAUGGCACUGGGACAGCAGCGUGUGGAUGUCGAGUUGGCGUGUCCAUUGGUGGAGGUCCUUUCCUACCCCAGUAGUUUCAGACAAGCAUCGAGGAAGGCCCUGGUCGGUUCAGCUGCAGUUCAGCUAUUGAUAGUAGACCAGCAGGGUGGUGCAUGUCUGCAGGAGGGAAUUUUGCACAGAAUCAGGCUGGUUUCUGGCUGCAUACCAAGCUGCAGUCUUCUGGCAUCAUGGUUUUGGCAGGGAGCACUAAGGGGCAGGGGAGGGAGAUAUGCAAAAACACACUGGAGCAUUGGGAACCCCAGGCUGGGGACGUGGGGAGCAAAGACGGCCCUGCUCCUCAGGUUCACCACGCUUCCCUCAUCCACCAGAGCAGGUGGUGGCCAAGAGCAACAUGUUGUGGGUCGCAAGAGCAAGUCCAUUAGCUCGUGGUCAUUCAGACAUUCGCACUGUCAGAAGUGCAAGGUGUAGUAGUAAACCAGCGAGGCAUUAACAAAAGGUCUGUUUUUGCAGUCAUGCUGCAUUGCUUUGCCUACAGGUCUUGGGUGCAGAUACCUUGUUCCACCAGAUCAGCCCAUGUUAGGGAAUCGUCUCCAGUGAAUUAGGUUUGAAAUUAGACCUAUUGCAGGAUCCUUCUCUAACAAGCGUCACAUCUCUGUAGGAUACACAGACAAGCCUUGAGAGGUCACAUCCUUGGGAUCCGUAAGGCUUUGCCCCAGAGCAGUUCCUUCUGCUGUUUGUGCCUGCGUGCCCUGGACAGUAUCUCUUGCACUUCAAGUCAGUUUGUCCUCCUGGGUCUCAAGGGCUAGGCUCCAAACAACAGUGGUUUGAACAGAAAAUCCCUUAAAAUCUUACUCUGUUAUGCCUCUGUAACCUACCCUUAUUUUAACUACCAGACAUGGAUGUCUGAAAUAAGAGGGCCUCUAUGAGAACCUGGAAGCACAGGCUCUCUGGUAUGGGCACAUCCUCCUCUGCUUUUUGUUCCUGGUAUUACUGGCACAAAUUCAGACUGGGUGGAAGUGGAUAUAGCCCCACUGGCUGCCCUGGGGUUUCCAUGCUCAUUGAUUGCCCUUGGCUCUCUAGGUGCUUGUGCUUCUUUCUUCAAGGGCAUAAUGCAAGCCCAGGCCAGUGCUGAGAGUCUUCAUGGUGUGUAUGGGUUUUUAUGUCCUGGUGAAUCAGGAGACAUUCAAUCAGUGGAGCUGCACUGGAUCUCUAGUGAGGAAUCUGUGUCCCUUCCAACAUAAUCUCUUUGAAAUCUCCUACACAUUGCUUAAAUCAGGCUGCAGUAUCUCUAGCCUCCAAGGUGUCUUGGACAGAUGGAUUCAGCCAAGGUUUGGCAGGCAUUUUAGUUCCCUAGGGCACAGAAAGUCCUCCAAAGAGGGACUGUGCCCUGUCCUUUAGAGUUCUGCUGGUCCCUGGCUCUCUUUGGGCUUCUUCGUGAGGUUUCUCCAGGAGCAGACUGCCCCACACUCUAGAAAGCUUUGAUGUUUUCAAUAUGCCAUUGACCCCCUGCAGCUUUCCAUGGGCCAGGAAUCAGACUCAGGUUGCACUUGCCAGCAGUUUUCCUCUCACACCAGGACAGAGGAGGUGGGAGCGCUGCCAGCUCCUUGUCCUGGCACUUCCCAUCGCUGACGUUUCCCUAGAAGAGUGCUCUUCUACCCUGUCACAAGGCUGGAAAAUGUAUUUGCACUGUUUGGUGUUUCUUUUUGCUGCCAGUGUAGCUGCCAGAAGCUCUCCAGCUUUCAUGAACGAAAGAAAGAGAGAAUGAGCGUGCGAGGGGCUCUGGGUUAGCUGACCUCUAAGGCACAUCACCACCCAUUUAUCUGUCUUUCAGCACACACUAGAAAUGACUCAGAUAGCGCCCAGCACACCCCUGCCCUCCUUGUUGUCUUUCUCCACUCAUGCUUGAGAGGCUCCAAUGCUGUUUGUGGAUGCCUGUGUGGAGGAUACUACAGGAUGAGGUUUAGUAAGAGGAAAUUUAAGAAAGUUAGGUAGCAUGUGAUGGCAGUAAAUCAUUGCCUGCCAAUUAGCUUGUGGAAAGAAUAAUACCUUUUAAGCUUUCCUUCCAGCCUUUCUGAUUAUGGCUUCGGUGCUGCUGUCUAAUUUCACCAGGAUGCUGCCUUACUUCCAGCAGGGCAGAACCUUGCUGCAGUGUGCUCCUAAUCUGCUGCAGCAUCUGUAGGGUGCAUUUCUGAGACAUGGCAAUAUCACUGAGAAGUCGAGCUACCAAAGAACUGUAAUUCUCAACUUGUGGUAUGGGCUUCUAACCACGUUUCAUGUAUGUGCAGUGGUUACAAUGAGGUCUGUGUGAAUGUGAAGAUGGGUCUCUGUGAGAAUGAUCUGGAUCCGUAUUGUCACAGAAAUGUGUUAUGGUUUAGGCGUUAGCUCUGUUUGGUAACAUUGCCUCCUGCAUUGCAUGUGGGCCUAUAAUUUCCAUUGAGCCAGGUGUACCUGGGGACCGAAGGCUGUAUCAUAGGGCCUGGGAGCUCAUUAGAGACGUAGGGCUGAGCCCACUCAGGGUUCUUGUUUCCAUGGGCAUUCUGGAAAAAUGAGAAAGGCGUUUAGUCGCAUCUCAGAUAGACAUAAAUAGGCUGCGUUCAUUCCUAGUGUAACUUUCUUGAAGCCCGUGGUGCUAUGCCAGUGUGAGCGUGGCUUAGCAACUCUUCAGAGUGAUCUGUCCUUGAAUCCAGACAAACCGAUCUGUUGCAGAGUUGCUUUGGUGCAUAGAGCUCACACUGGGACUUGGCCAACAUGAAUGAAUGUUGAAUUUCUACAGUCUUUUCAAGCAAUGGGUUGAAUUGUUCUGCUUUGCUGCCUCCAUCACAGCUGCUCCAUGAAGGGAAACAUUACACUCGUGGUUGUGAUCUUGUUUACUCCCUCAAAAGCCAGCUAAUGAGCAAAUUGACCUUCGCUGUGCUGGGAGAGGAGCCUUCUCCCACAGGACUGCAGCCUUUCUACAUGCAAGGGGAAACGAAGUUCCAAGGACAGAAUUGAACCUGCGAGACUCAUGGCCUCCCAGUUCUUCCUUCCCUCCUCACGCCACCUGUCUCAACUGGGGAAGGACAGUUUCCUUGUGGAGUUCAGCAAACUCCUCUUCCUGCAGCCCACAGCCAGGCUCUACUAUCAGAUCAACCAUCAACCUAUGCAACACUUCCAGGAACUGCUGAGUUUUGAAGAGCCCGUGACAGUAUGCAGCAUGGCCGUCCAGCACUGAGAAUAAGCACAGAUGCUGCUGGAAAGCUAACUGACUUUUAUUCCUCCCCUCCUUCCAGUGGAGACUGUCUUUGUUGGGGCCUUUGGUUUGGUUGGUUUUCAUAAGCCUCAGACUUCCAGGGAAAUGAAGCUCAUGAGAAAUCGGUGCCCACCCUGAAGCCUCUCCAAUCCUUCGAACUUUGGGAGUGGAUGUAUCGCCUGCUGUGGUUAUAAUGUAGUGGACUUCAUAGAGCAAAGUAACUUCACACACAGACAUGAGGUUCUUUCACUCUCCAUCAAUGCAAGCUGCUUCUGCAAUCUUAGCUACUGACAUUAGUGAAAGAAAAAAGCCUAGCUAGAAUGUGUUGAGAUGACUUAGUAUUUUAUAUCAGUCCUGCCAUCCAAAUAUCCAUUAGCAGCGCUGUCAGCUGGCAUGCCAUGAAUUCAGACUUUGGGUGGUAGCCCACGAACCUGUCAGGGUGAAAAGGUCUGGAAGACCACUCCUAAGUCUGUGCACAUCUCCAGAGCACACACAGAGAGGGUGUCAGUUGAAAGCAGGCAUCCCUCUGGCUCAGCACAAGAAGUGGUUGGCUGUUGUUUGGGUGUACCUCCAAGGGUAAGUCUGGAUGUGUUGGUGGCUUUGGUCUGAUGUGUCCCCUUCGUUCCUGUAGCAAGUGGGUUGCAGCGUGGCAGGGCAUUGCUCAGUGAUCUGUGAGAGGAAACUCCUGACAUGGUUUUUGCAGGAAGAUGGUGCUAAGUGUCACAUUUGCUGCAGUGACUGGCAGGGAGCAGGGAUAAGAGCAUGGAACAAGCUGUGUUUGAGAUGAAGCUAAUCCCUUGCUGGCUGGCUGAGAAGAGAGAGCUGUUGGAUCUGCUCCCUGGCCAACGCUCUCCAUCUCUUCUCACCCUCCUCAAAUCCAAUGCAAAACUUAGCAUUCCUCCGAGCUCCCAAAUCACCCCUCUUCCAUCAGCUCCUUCUGAGCCAUGAGCUCACACCAUUCCAGUCCUCUCCUGGGAAAUGUCGGUGGACUCAUAGUGACCUCAAGCGUAUUGGUGGGGCAACCCACCAGUCUGGCUGCACUGCCUCCAAGCACUGCUCGCUGAGCACCACUUGCAUGCCCUUUGCUCACGGGGGCUGGCCGAGAGCAGCCGUCAGAGGCUUUGCAGAUGUGGGGAUUUCUGUGGGAGAUGUGAGGCAAGGCAGGGCGGGAGGCUGCUAUACUGCAGCAGCUGUGGUUUGGGUCAAGGAUGGAGAAGACCUGAGGCAGAGUGGACUUUCAGGGCAGGCCCUUCCUGCCUGAAGACACGUUGGAUGGAGGAGGCUUUUCCCAGCUGAGGUGCCCAGGCAGGGCCUCGCUGCAUCGUCAGAGCAACACUGCUGCCUCCGGGUCCAGCACUGACAGCCAGAGCACGUGUCACCAAACCGCAAUGGAUAAUGCAGCCACAAGGUGUAAAUGUCACUAAUGAAUAAAUUGCCUUGUGCCUGGGAGAGGCUAAUCCAUCAUGGCCAGGGAUGGGGAUCUGACAGGGCUGGCUAUUUCGGGCACAGCUUGCAGGGAGGAAGCGCUUCACAUCUCAGCUGUCCCCUCUGCCCAGGGAGGCUGAUGCGAAGCCUGGCUCAGUCCUGGCUGCUUCCAUCUGCCCAGACACACCAGCUCAGGCCUCAGCCCUCUCCACUGCCACCAGAAGAGGGACUGGGCUGUGUCCCCUCUGUCAGGAGACACAGCCGGCUCUACUACGCCAUUCCGUAGGCCACGCACAGCCCGCUUCUCCCUCCCCUGUGGCUAAAUACCACUCAGCUGGCUGUGCUUAUGGCCAGCAGGUAGGUGCCAGGCAGGGAUGGAGUUCAACACGGACAAAUCCAGCCCUGCCUGAAGCAAAGGGAUGCUGAGUGCAGUACCAAUCCCCGCUCAUCCUCCUGCUCUUCCACGCCCAGCUGGUGCCUGAAAACAACCUGCCAUCCCGUUGGCAACAUAUGCCAGCACGACACCUUGCAAACCGGUGCCUCCGUUGCUGUGAGCGGAAGCCAGGAGGCUCAGGAAGCCGCCACCAGCUCCUCGCCCUGCCUGCAUGAAGCGCGGCUUGCCAUCUGCCAUGACUGCCAGCCAACCCCCAGCACCUCCAUCAUUCCCCUGCCUCCUCCUCCCAUCCCCCCAUCAGUCUGGCGCAGACCCACACAUGCCCCAUGGACAGGGGGAUGCUCCCAGCCUGCAUGGGUGCCUGCAGCUGGUGCUGCUUGCGCCUGUAACCCAGCCUGAAGGUGACGGGUGACCCGCCGGCAAUGUCAGCAUCACACUUGGAGAAACUGCUGGUGCUAUCAGCUGUUGGGGCUUUAAUUGUUACCAAUUCAUCCACGGUUUGAAGCCUCGCACACUGGCGGUAAUAGGCUGCUGGUCUCUUGUGGUGUCCAAGCAGUUCACAGGAGGCACACAGCCCAGGAGCAUGCUUGGGAUGGUGGUUAGGUGGUGCUGGUAGUCUUGGCUGCGUGCAGCAAAAAGAGCAGAGAGAAUCCUGGAAAGCAAUUCAAUGUUUUUUUCAGGUGAUGCAUUUCUCACAAGCCUUUUUCUUUCCACCCCUGGUCCUCAGUGGCUGUGCUGGCCGGUGUGUGCCAUCCCAUCCCUGCCCUCCUGGCAUCAGCCUUCAUUGCACAGCUGGCUGUCCAGCAUGGCCCUGUACCUGGAGCUCCCCGCAGGCUUUCCCAGGACCUGACACUCCCAUUAAGCCCCCAGCCCACCCGCACUGCUGGAGCCGCUCCUUCAGCCUCAAGCUGACCUGGGUCUUUCCUGCUGUUUCUGAGCACGAGUUCUCAUCUCAUUCAGGUGUGUCAUUCAGUGGAAGUAUUUUGUAAAUGCAAAUGAAACAAAUCUAUUCAAUACCUCGGUUUCGAGGAUGGCAAACAAGUCAUUGGAGGAGCCCAGGUGGGAAGGUUUGGCAGCAGCUGCCCCUGGCUGUAUUUUCUUGCAGAAGGAGCCUCUGAAGCAUUCACGAACGGGUCAGAAAGCACUACAAUGCUCUGCAGGGGCUCUGGGGUGACCCACAGGGCCCCUCUGUGUGGCUGCUGGUACCGGGGGCAGCCUCGCACUCAAUCCUAUCUGAUCUGUAUGGCCACGGAUGGCAUCAAGAGGGUGGCCUGUGUCUGUCAGGCAGAGCAAGGCACAAGCGGGUACGUGGUGAACAAAUCAUUUUGUGAGCACUGGAACAGUUUUUACUUUUCAACUAUGUCAAUAUGAUCUAGCUCUGUCCGUCUCUCUAUAUAUGUACAAACAGUAUAUCACAAUGUUGCCUUUUUUGUUGGAAAUAUCAAAGUACAAAGAUUGUAAACCAAAUCGGUGUAAUAAAGGUUUCAGAUGACUCAUGGAA